UUAUAAAGUGGAGAGUGUAAAAUGGAGUGAAACUUAAGAGUUAAGAUAAAAGCAAGCAAUAACCACCCCCACUAAGACAAGAUCUAUACUCUCUCCCUCCUCCCUCACCGGAUCCCUAUUGCCGACACAUCCAACGGUGACUCAGCCGCAUAUCAGAAAAUAUGGAGAAAUCUUGCUCUCUACUUAUUCAUUUCGACAAAGGAACACCAGCACUAGCCAACGAGAUUAAAGAAGCUCUCGAAGGAAACGACGAUGCUGCAAAGGUAGACGCCAUGAAAAAGGCUAACAUGCUCGUGCUGAACGGAGAAACAAUACCACAGCUUUUCAUCACAAUCAUUCGUUACGUUCUUCCUUCAGAAGAUCACACCGUUCAAAAACUUCUCCUUCUUUAUCUCGAAAACAUCGAAAAAACCGAUUCCAAGGGAAAGAUCUUACCCGAAAUGAUCUUAAUCUGCCAAAAUUUACGAAACAAUCUCCAACACCCGAACGAAUACAUUCGUGGCGUAACUUUACGGUUCCUUUGCCGUAUAUGCGAAACUGAGAUUAUCGAGCCGUUGAUUCCUUCUGUAUUAGCUAAUCUCGAGCAUAGAAAUCCAUACGUAAGGCGAAACGCCAUACUUGCUGUUAAUGCGAUUUAUAAGCUUCCGCAAGGGGAUAACCUUUUGGUUGAUGCACCCGAAAUGAUCGAGAAAAUGUUAACAACCGAAGCUGAUCAAUCGGCUAAACGAAACGCGUUUCUUAUGCUGUACACAUGCGCACAAGACCGUGCGAUUAAUUACCUUUUGACCCAUGUGGAUAAAGUGUCUGAUUGGGGAGAAUCGUUACAAAUGGUUGUAUUAGAUUUGAUCCGUAAAGUGUGCCGAACAAACCAAGGCAAAAAAGGGAAGUACAUCACGAUUAUUACAUCGUUAUUAACCGUACCGUCAGCUGCUGUUGUGUUCGAAUGUGCGGGAACGUUGGUAUCUUUAUCGUCUGCACCUACAGCCAUUAAAAGCGUAUCCAAUACGUAUUGCCAACUGUUACUCACUCAAAGUGACAACAACGUGAAACUUAUCAUUCUUGAUCGGUUAGACGAACUCAAAUCUUCCCAUAGGGAUAUUAUCGUUGAUAUGAUAAUGGAUGUGCUUCGGGCACUUUCAAGCCCGAAUCACGAUAUCAGGAGGAAAACACUUGAUAUUGUUCUUGAUUUAAUCACUCCUCGAAACAUUAACGAAGUCGUUCUUACGUUGAAAAAAGAAGUUGUGAAAACUCAAAGCGGGGAGUUGGAGAAAGACGGUGAGUACCGUCAAAUGCUUAUUCAAGCGAUUCAUUCUUGUGCAGUUAAAUUCCCGGAAGUUGCGGGCACGGUUGUACAUAUGUUAAUGGAUUUCUUGGGUGACAGUAAUGUCGCGUCGGCAAUGGAUGUAAUUGUUUUCGUGAGGGAGAUAAUUGAAACAAACCCGAAGUUGAGGGUUUCUAUCGUAACUCGGUUGAUCGACACGUUUUACCAGAUACGGUCUGCACGAGUUUGUUCGUGUGCUCUCUGGAUCAUUAGCGAGUAUUGUCUUUCGCUUUCGGAAGUCGAAAGUGGAAUUACGGUUAUAAAACAGUGUCUCGGAGACUUGCCGUUUUACUCAGCUUCAGAAGACGGUGAUAAUAAUAAUACUAAUGAAUCUGUUAAAAGGUCUCCGCAAGUCAAUGCAAUAACGGUUUCUUCUAAACGGCCCGCUAUACUUGCUGAUGGAACUUACGCCACUCAGAGUGCAGCUUCCGAAACUACUUUUUCCGCACCUACGUUGGUCCAAACAACGUUAAAUUCCGGAAAUUUGAGAUCGCUUCUUUUAACUGGUGAUUUCUUCUUGGGUGCGGUUGUGGCGUGUACGUUGACUAGACUUGUGUUGCGUUUGACCGAGGUUCAAACAUCGAAAGUUGAAGUCAACAAGUCAGCGACACAAGUAUUGCUGAUCAUUGUCUCGAUGUUGCAACUUGGUCAAUCUUCGUUUCUUCCACACCCGAUUGAUAAUGACUCUUACGAUAGAAUCGUUGUUUGUUUACGGUUACUAUGUAAUCCGGAUGAACAAAUCAAGAAAAUAUGGCUGCAGUCUUGCCGUGAAAGUUUCGUUCAAAUGCUUGUGGAGAAACAGCAGCAGGAAACCGAGGAAAUAAAAGCAAAGUCUCAGGUUUUACACGCACAACCCGAUGAUCUCAUCGACUUUUAUCACUUGAAGAGCAGGAAGGGCAUGAGUCAACUGGAGUUAGAAGAUGAAGUUCAAGAUGACCUAAAACGUGCUACUGGCGAAUUUGUAAACGAAGGAGAUUCUGCAAAUAGACUAAACCGUAUUCUUCAACUAACCGGUUUUAGUGACCCAGUUUAUGCCGAGGCGUACGUGACCGUUCAUCACUAUGACAUCAUUCUUGACGUCACAAUUAUCAACAGAACCAAAGCGACCCUGCAAAAUCUAUGUUUGGAGUUAGCAACAAUGGGUGACCUUAAACUUGUUGAGCGUCCACAAAAUUACACUCUUGCCCCUGAAUCAAGCAAGCAGAUUAGAGCAAACAUUAAGGUUUCCUCUACUGAAACUGGAGUCAUAUUUGGGAACAUCGUUUAUGAGACUUCGAAUGUUCUUGAACGUAACGUUGUUGUGUUGAAUGAUAUUCAUAUCGACAUUAUGGACUACAUCUCUCCCGCUGUUUGUAGUGAUGCAGCUUAUAGAAGCAUGUGGGCUGAAUUUGAAUGGGAAAACAAGGUUGCUGUUAACACUGUAAUUCAAGAUGAGAAAGAAUUUCUCGAUCAUAUCAUCAAAUCAACCAACAUGAAAUGCCUAACUCCACCGUCUGCCUUGGAAGGUUACUGUGGCUUUUUAGCUGCUAAUUUGUAUGCUAAGAGUGUUUUUGGGGAGGACGCUUUGGUGAAUUUGAGCGUCGAGAAGCAGGCAGAUGGUAAGCUAAGUGGAUAUAUUCGUAUCCGGAGCAAAACCCAAGGGAUAGCUUUGAGUUUGGGGGACAAAAUAACACUCAAGCAAAAGGGAGGGGCAUGAUCUUUGAUUUCAUCAUUGGUUGUGAAGCAGCAGGAGGUUUUGCAGAGAAGAUUGCGAUGAAGCAAGUAAUUUGGAUACUGAGUGUUAUUUAGAGGAAGAGAUUGGAUUUGACUUUGCAGACGGCAUAUUAUAUUUAGUUAAGGCAUUACCAAAAUUUGUAUUGUUUAUUGAAGCCAUUUCAUUUCAUACAUAAAUGAUAACUUGGAAUUCUUUGAUAUUGAUUAUCCUUUUAUCUUACCUUUAAA